GAAUCAGUACGGUUAAUUCGACAUCAGGGAGUUGACGGCGAGGUCGUUACGUUGUUUGAGUACCUUUAUAUUUGCUUCGCCGUCAUAUCUUUUCUGAAACAUACCUAUACCUACGCAAGUAACGUGGUUAAGGCAUUCCCCUCAUUACCUCGUAAAUGGGGAGCCGCUGUGAAAGUUCUUUAUAUCCUAUUCGGGCGAUUCUGGGAUUUUCUUGAUUUUCUCGUGGGCAUUCUUGGAAUUUGCUCGGUGUUUGCCUACUUCUUGCGAGAGCACCAUAUUAACAGAGCGCUUGACAACUUCGCCGCAAAUAACGGAAACGAGUACAUCAAUUUGUCAAAGCAAAGAAACUUGGAGCUCAUGUUCACAUUUUGUGUUGGUGGCGUGGUCUUCUUCGUCUCAUGCAAGAUGAUCCAGAUCUUGCGGUGA